ACAGGAAGGAAGACCCUGAGAGAAACCGCCGUGCUAAGUCCUAGACUGCUUUCCAGACAUCACUGGCCCAUACAGCCCUUCACCCCUGUUUUUUCAGUCCUGAAAAAGGAGUUUGGUGUGUCUUUAGGAUGAAGCUGUAACUGAACUGAAGGAAAGAGAGACAGCCCUGAACCACUGGAGUUCUCUCUGCCUUUUGGGCCCUGCACAACUGUUAGCCUGGUGGAAAAGAGCAAAUUGCUCCUGCUUUCCCAGCAGGUUGGUCCUGCUUUGCUUGCAGCCUCAGCAGAAUUUCGAACCUGAGCUGAAGUGCCUCACUUGGACGUGCACACACCCCAUUUGGGCACGUCUGGAUCAGAGAAUUAACUCCAGCUGCAUCAUGAGCCGCGUUCGGGAUGCUGGCUGCGUAGCUGCUGGGAUAGUCAUCGGGGCCAGUGCCUGGUACUGUGUCUACAAAUAUGCCAGGGGAAGAAACCAUAUGAUGAAGAAGAGACUGGCUAAACCCAAGACCAGGGCUGUGGCCGAGACUGGAGCCAGGGCUAGAGCUGGACUAAGGGCUGGAUUCACAAUUGACCUUGGGCCAGGAUUCAGUCCUCCAACCCCAGUCCGCACUGGGGCAGAGGAAAGGGCUCAGGAUGAAUCCUCUGCUCUGGACACUGCUGGAGCUGAAGCAGUGGUCCCAGCUGCAUCCAGGGCCGAGACCCAGAGUGGGGCAGGAAAUAAGGCCCAGGAGACAGAAGGGGCUCGGCUGGGGCCUAAAGCUGAAUCAGUAGCCACAGUGGCUUCUGCAGUGGCACCACCUCUCUGGGAGGCAAAGGCUCCAUCAGCUGCGAAGCCUCCCGCAAUGGUUGGGGCUCCUAAAUCAGCAGAAGCCCCUGGUGUAGCAGAGGCUCCCAGGGCACCAGUGGUGCCUCAUGUGGUGCCAGUUCCUACUGAGGCAUCACUACCUACAGAGGCAGUGGAGGCUUCCAUACCAGCAAUGCCUACUGGGGCAGCAGCGACUUUAGGGGUAGCAGCGCCUUCUGGGACUGCAGAGGCUCCUGGGCCUUCAGGGUCCUCUAGAACAGUGGCAGCCGCUAAGAAAGCAACCCCCGGGGCUCAUACUGGGGCUAUACCUAAGGCCGGGUCAGCUACUGGAGCUGUACUCAAAGGUGGAGCUAAAGGUGUAACCAGGUCCCGGACUGGAGGCAAGGGCAAGGGCAAGAAAAAUAAGGUUGAAGUAGAUGAACUGGGGCUGGGCUUCCGGCCCGGAGAUGGGGCUGCAGCAGCCGCGGCAGCGUCUGCUAAUGGGGGCCAGGCUUUCCUGGCAGAGGUUCCUGAUUCUGAGGAAGGAGAGUCUGGAUGGACAGACACAGAAUCGGAAUCAGACUCUGAGCCUGAGACCCAGCAGAAAGGGAAAGGGAGGAGAUCUGUUCCCAUGCAGAAGCGCCCCUUUCCUUAUGAAAUUGAUGAGAUUCUGGGUGUCCGAGAUCUCAGGAAAGUCCUUGCUUUGCUUCAAAAGUCAGAUGAUCCUUUCAUCCAACAGGUAGCUUUGCUCACUCUGAGCAAUAAUGCCAAUUAUUCAUGCAACCAAGACACAAUUCGCAAGUUGGGAGGCCUCCCAAUUAUUGCCAACAUGAUCAACAAAACCGAUCCUCACAUUAAGGAAAAAGCCUUAAUGGCCAUGAAUAACCUGAGUGAGAAUUAUGAAAAUCAGGGCCGGCUUCAGAUAUACAUGAAUAAAGUGAUGGAUGACAUCAUGGCCUCUAACCUGAACUCAGCAGUACAGGUAGUUGGAUUAAAAUUUUUAACAAACAUGACUAUUACUAAUGACUACCAGCACCUGCUUGUCAAUUCUAUUGCAAACUUUUUCCGUUUGUUAUCUCAGGGAGGUGGAAAAAUCAAGGUUGAGAUUUUGAAAAUACUUUCGAAUUUUGCUGAAAAUCCAGAUAUGUUAAAAAAACUACUCAGUACCCAAGUGCCAUCAUCAUUUAGUUCCCUCUACAAUUCUUAUGUGGAAUCAGAAAUUCUUAUUAAUGCCCUGACUCUAUUUGAGAUCAUCUAUGACAAUCUCAGGGCAGAAGUAUUCAACUACAGAGAAUUCAAUAAAGGCUCCCUUUUUUACUUAUGUACUGCAUCUGGAGUGUGCGUAAAGAAAAUUCGAGCCUUAGCAGAUCACCAUGACCUCUUGGUGAAAGUGAAAGUUAUAAAACUAGUGGACAAAUUCUGAUUGUCUGUGUGCUCUCGAAAACUUGAAGAAAUGUCUGGUUUUGCAGUCUGGGAGCAAUGAAAAUUGAAAGUUACUGCUUUUUCACCCUCUCAUAUAGUAAAGGGAUCCUUUCAGCUGCCAGUUUUGAUUAAUGUAUCUAUCAGAGUGAUGUUAUCUGUGACUAUCUCCAGCUUUAAGCUGAACCAUUUUAUGAAUACCAAAUAAAUAGUCCUCUUGUCCUGAAAAUAUAUUUGUGACUUUAAUCGUGCUGCUUGAAUAGAAAUAUUUUUACUGAUUCCUCUAUGUGAAUUGACAGUGAACCUGUCCAUCAUGAA